GGUGCCGCAGCUUUCGGAAUAAAGAAUAAACGCGGCUUUGGAUACUGAAGCCCUUUUCUUUUUCCAAUAUUUUUCCUCUAUAUAAAACGGACCAGGAGACGAGGAUGGCUAUCACAUGCUUUGCAGGCCCAGGAAUUAUUUUUUGUAUGGUGUUUUUUUAUUUACGAUCAGCAGAGGCGGAUUUGAGUUAUUCGUUUCCAGAGGAGAUGCGUCGAGGAUCACAGGUUGGGAAUAUCGCCAAAGACUUAGGUCUCGAGGUCGGCAAGCUUUCAGCUCGAAAGGCUCGUAUUGAUACUGAAGGAAGCCAGAAAAAAUAUCUUGACAUAAACAUUCAUAACGGAGAUUUGAUCAUCAUCGACAGGCUCGACAGAGAAGGCCUUUGUGGAGACAAAGCAUCCUGCGUUUUGAAUCAGGAGAUCAUGCUGGAGAAUCCAUUAGAAUUACAUCGAGUGAAAUUGCAUAUUCAGGAUAUUAACGACAAUGAUCCGCAGUUCAAUAGAGAACUGAUACAGAUUGAUAUAUGGGAAUCUGCAGCGAAAGGUGCUCGUUUUCCUAUUGAGGAAGCACAUGAUGCAGACAUAGGUCAAAAUUCAGUGCAGACUUAUAACCUGCAGAACAAUGAUAAUUUUAUUCUUGGUGUUGGAACAAAUUCUGUGGAGCUUGUCCUGAGCAGAGAACUUGACCGUGAAAAAUUAAAAGAGAUAGAUCUUGUUUUGACUGCUGUGGAUGGUGGAUCACCACAAAGGACAGGUAGUGUUACGAUUCACAUCAAUGUGUUGGAUGCAAAUGACAACGUUCCAGUGUUCAACCAGCCAAUUUACAGGACCAGCAUUCCUGAAAACUCUCCCAUAGGUUCUGUUGUUCUAAAGGUCAGUGCAAAUGAUGCAGACGAAGGACUACAUGGUGAAGUAACAUAUGAUUUUGGACACAUUUCCAAAGAAGUUAAGGAAAUAUUUGAAAUAGACAGUAAAACGGGUGAAAUAAAAUUGAUAAAUGCUAUUGACUUUGAAUCCGUACCAAUUUUUGAACUUCGGGUGACAGCAAAAGAUGGAUUAGGGCUGACCUCUUAUUCCAAGGUCAUAAUCGAUAUCUCUGAUGUAAAUGACAAUGCGCCUAUUAUAUAUAUAAAAUCACUCUCCACACCCAUUCCUGAGAACGUGCCUCCUGGUACAGAGGUGGGCAUAAUUAACGUUCAGGACAGAGACUCUGGGAAUAACAGACAGAUCCGUUGCUCCAUCCAAGAAAAUUCCCUCUUUAAAUUGGACCCUUCUAUUAAAAACUAUUAUUCUCUGGUGACUACAGGACAACUUGACCGUGAACUAGUAUCUGAUUACAACAUUACUAUUAUUGCAGCUGAUGAGGGCUCUCCACCUCUAUCCUCCUUUAAAACUGUUCAGUUAUCUGUAGCUGAUAUCAAUGACAACCCACCGGUGUUUGAGGAGCAGUCCUAUAGCACGUCUGUGAGUGAAAAUAACAAACCUGGCUCUUUCUUAUGCACAGUUGCUGCUAAAGAUCCAGACUGGAGACAAAACGGUACAGUGAUUUAUUCUCUGUUACCUGCUGAGGUGAAUGGUGCCUCAGUUUCUUCUUAUCUAUCUGUUAAUGGAGAUACGGGUGUGGUCCAUGCUGUGAGAUCAUUUGACUAUGAACAGAUCAGAAGUUUCAAAGUCCAGGUUUUGGCCAGGGACAAUGGUUCUCCUCCGCUCAGCAGCAAUGUUACUGUUAGUGUUUCCAUAUCGGAUGUGAAUGACAACUCUCCUCAAAUACUUUAUCCUGCCCCAGAUGACAACUCUUUCAUGACUGAGCUGGUCCCAAAAGCUGCACAACGAGGAUCUCUGGUCUCCAAAGUCAUAGCAGUGGACGCAGACUCUGGACAAAAUGCCUGGCUGUCCUAUCAUAUAGUCAAAGCUACUGAUCCUGGGCUUUUCAGUAUUGAUCUGCACAGUGGAGAGAUCAGAACACAGCGGGACAUUUUAGAAUCUGACAGCAUGAAACAGAACCUGAUUGUUGCAGUGAAAGAUAACGGACAGCCCUCUCUGUCUGCCACCUGUUCCAUGUAUCUACUUAUUUCUGAUAACUUGGCUGAGGUUCCAGAACUGAAAGAUAUUUUUUAUGAUGAGAAGAACUCGAAACUGACCUCUUAUCUUAUCAUUGCGCUGGUUUCUGUGUCCACAUUAUUUCUGACCUCCAUCAUUAUCAUCCUGGGAGUGAGGUUUUGUCGGAGGAGAAAGCCCAGACUGUUGUUUGAUGGAGCAGUUGCAAUCCCAGGAUCUUACAUGCCUCCUAAUUACGCAGAUGUAGAUGGGAUAGGAACUUUACGCAGCGCCUACAAUUAUGACACCUACCUGACAACAGGAUCUAGAACAAGUGACUUUAAGUUUGUAUCAUCUUAUAAUGACAACACUAUGCCUGUUGACCAGACUCUGAAGAAAAGUCCAAUGGAAUUAGUGGAUGUCUUUGGAGAUAGUGAUCCUUCUUCCGAG